AUGUCGAACCUCAUUUUCAUAACAAUUUUGAGCACGUUGGCUGGCUCCUUGCUUUUCUACUACCUACACUUGACAAUCUCAGAGCGAAUUAUGAACAAUUUUCAGGCCCAGAAGGUAUGGAACUUGGAAAAUGAAGUGAUCAUAGUCACUGGUGGGAGUAGAGGCAUCGGAAAACAAAUAGUGGAAGAUCUGGCUCUCCUCAAAGCGCGAGUUCUGAUCCUAGACAUCAAAAGUCCUACAUUUGAACUCCCAAAAAAUGCAGUGUUCUACCAAGCAGAUAUCACAUCAGCCAAGUCGAUUGCCGAAGUAGCAUUGCUGAUCCGAGAAUCAUACGGAAAUCCAGCUGUUCUUGUGAACAACGCCGGUGUCUUUCAGCAUGGCACUAUUCUCGAGAAGUCAGAACAAGAGAUACGACAAACAUUUGAAGUGAACACCAUUGCUCACUUCCUCUUACUGAAAGAAUUCCUUCCGUCUAUGAUUCAGAAGAACAGGGGACAUAUUGUCACAGUGGCAAGCGUUGCAAGCUUCGUUGCUGUUGGCGAGAUGGUGGAUUAUUGCUGUUCCAAAGCCAGUGCUCUUACAUUUCACGAAGGUCUGAAGCAAGAACUCAAAUAUUGGUACAAUGCUCCCAAUGUGCGAACUAGCAUCAUUCACCCUCUUUGGGUCGAUACCCCGAUGAUAAAAGGCUUCACUGAUUAUCAAUCUGUGUUUGGUCAGCCGGUCAUGAGCCCAGAUUUAGUCUCGCAGAAGGUGGUUGAGCAGAUUAUCUCAGGGAAGAGCGGUAACAUCAUCUUACCCAAAAUGAUAUCGGUGUCAAGCUCGCUGAAGGCCUUGCCGCUCUGGAUGCAGGAGGUAGUACGGUCUUUCGUUUCCAGUAUUGUAUAUCAAGUAGCAAAGGUGCGGUCUGUUGAUUCUAAGGCCUUUGUUACAUGA